CUUUAUCAAAAAUUCCAGGAAUUGAGCCGAGGUUGUGCUGUACGCUUGGCAGUUGUUUCAAGUUGUCUAAGGGACAUACGGUUUUUUUUUUUUUUGCCUCUGCGUCACGAUUUUAACCCAGAAGCGAGUUUAGUUAGAUGUACAUUAUUAUUAGAUAAAGAAGUAUCGCGAAUACUUCAGUUAAAUAAACUGUGCUUGGUUUUUGGGUGAGGAUUUGUGGAAAGUAGAGUGCGCGAUAACGGUAACUUUCGACCCGGAUUUUCGCCAUGUUCCGCAGCAACUUGGAAGGCAGUGGCGCAGCAGCAGUAGGUGUUGCAAAUCCUACCUCGUUGACUCUGACUGGAAAGAUUUUCCAAUUGCAGGACAACUUUUCUGUUUUUCACGCCAGAGGAGGACUCAACAUGCUCGGCCUGCAGGACUUGUACUUGGACACCAGUGGGGUCAACUCGUCGGUCGCUUUGAGUCCGCCCAGCACCCCCAUUACGCCGGUGACCCCUGACCCGUCGACGUCUGCGCAGUCGACGCACUUUUCUUUUCUGGCCGACAACAACGCAGCCACCGCCAAUUCGCUCCUUCUGCAGCGACAGUACCACUACCACUUGCUGCUCCAGCAGCAGCAACAACUGGCCAUGGCGCAGCACCAAUUGGCGCUGGCUGCAUCAGCGGCAGCGGCUAGUGCGAGUCACCAGCAAACGGACGAGAUUGCGCGAUCCUUGAAAAUCUUUGCGCAGGUGACAACGGGCCCAGCAGAAAAUGCGGCUGGCUCGAUGCAGGAUGUGAUGCAGGACUUCGCGACCAACGGCUAUGCCAGCGAUGAUCUCGGUCGCAUGUCCUACGGGAGUGCUCAGUCACAGGCGCAGACGCAACCGCAGCAGCAGCAUCAGCAACAGCAGGGGCUGCACCUGCCACUGGGCCGCAAUCCUGUCCAGCUGCAGGUCAAUGGCGGCAACUUAAUGCCCAUGCCACUCGCCACCCACUGGCUGAACAACUACCGCGAGCAUCUGAACAACGUGUGGCGAAACAUGUCGUAUGUGCCAGCCGCUCCCAAUACAAUGGGUUUGCAGGUCCAAGCAUCGGCCACUGUGUCCACCAAUCUCGGCGUGGGAAUGGGUCUGGGAUUUCCCGUGCAGGCUGAACAGCUGCGCGGAGCUUCUAAUCCCAGUAACAAUAAUAACAACAACAAGUUGUACAAGCGAUACAACAGCAAGGCUAAAGAGAUCAGCCGCCACUGCGUCUUUUGUGAGAAUAACAACGAACCAGAGGCGGUAAUCAAUAGCCACUCAGUGCGAGACAACUUUAACCGAGUGCUGUGCCCCAAACUACGCACCUACGUGUGCCCCAUCUGCGGGGCAUCUGGGGACUCGGCGCACACGAUUAAGUACUGCCCCAAGAAGCCGAUCAUCACCAUGGAGGAUGCGAUCAAGGCGGAAUCGUUCCGCCUAGCCAAGAGCAGCUACUACAAGCAACAGAUGAAGGUUUAGAGAGGGCGAAUCCAGCUGGAGCAGAGGCUCUGGCAGCUUUUGCAGCGUUUAUAUAACAAGAAAUAUAUAUACGCAUUCCGAUCAAAGCUGGGUUAACCAGAUAGACAGUACGUUUAAAUAGCGCCUGGCGCGUUCGAUUUUAUAGAGUUUUAGAGCGUUAUCUCGUGCCUAUAGUUCUAAUAGUAUAGACAACGAACGAUCACUCAUAUCCAAGUCAAUAAUUCAAGAAUUUAUGUCUGUUUCUGUGAAAGGGAAACUUAUUAUGUUAUAGAAGACUUACAAUAUCG